AUGGCGACGAAACGCACCAUGCCCGCUGGGCACACAGCUGGCAUUUUCGCCGAUAUGACGCUUGAUGGCCCGGAAAUAGGCACCCUAGUUGCCAUCAUCGAUCGAGCAAAGAACCUUCCCAACCGCAAGACCAUGGGCAAGCAGGAUCCAUACUGUGCCAUGAGACUGGGCAAGGAAGCCAAAAAGACGAAUACCGACCGGCGAGGCGGACAGACGCCUAGGUGGGACCAAGAACUCAGAUUCACCGUACGCGAAGCACCCGACUACUACAAGCUCAAGUGCUCCGUCUUCAAUGACGACAAGAAGACGGACUUGAUUGGCGAGGCCUGGAUUGACCUGACUGAGCUCAUUGUACCUGGCGGAAAAGCUCAAGAUUUCUGGCAGCAGCUCAGCUACAAGGGAAAAUACGCCGGUGACAUCCGUCUCGAGAUGACCUAUUACGAUACCAAACAUAACCCCGAGAUCGAAGCAACCAAAGAGAGACAACGCCAGCGAGCAAACACGCCCAACAGCGAUGCAGGCUCGCUAUCCGGUCCUCGACAGCUCGGCCCUCGAGAGAUCAAGCGACGACCACUGCCCACAGGCAGGUCAAACAAUUCGUCACCGGCAGGAUCACCAGCAUACAUUUCGCCGGAAUACAGGCCGCAGCCACAGCAGUGGAAUGGCGGCCCAGAAGGACCCGAUGACUACAAUCAAUAUUGUCAGCCUCAGUACCAAGAGCCGUAUGCACCUGUACAAGAUCCCUUUGCCGCCGACGCAAGGUACGAUCAAGAGCCAUACUACCACCCGGAACCGACGUUACCACAAAUUCCUAUGCCGCAGCAUCCUCCCCUGGAGACUCGGCGCAGCGAUCCGACACCACUGAGCAGUAGCCCACACCCUUCCUCGCCACAUGCCAACUACAGCUCGUCGCCACCCACCAGGUCGAGUCCAGGCGACCCACGACGCAUGAGUGCUUCACCAACAAAAUAUGCUGCAUACCGAGACAGCCCUCUGCGACACUCUACCACACACCAGGACAUCCCUGUCGCCUCCACCGCCUCCGCCUCCAGCACAUCGAGCUACUUGCCAAAGCCUUUAGCUUUAUCGUACGAUACUCCAGCGCAGCAGAGCCAGCCGCAAUGUCAUGAAUCGAUCGGCGAUAGGAGUCCACUGCAAAUGAUCGAGCACAACUUUGCUCCGCAGCAGACUUCGAGGUCACCCCGCAAGUCAUUCAAUCCCUCAGAAGAACCCGUCCAAAGGCCCACAAGCUCUGCUGGCGAGUUCCCUGCGCCUCACCAGAUCACCCCAAACUACGGCGUCGACUUCAUGGCAGAUCCCGUUGAGCAAGAUCAGAGAGGUCGAUACAUCAGGCGGAACUCCUUUCUAGACGACUACGACGACCCAUACAAGGCUCCCCAGCGAGCCCAGACUUUCGACUCCGCCGACUUCGACCACCGGAACACCUUCAGCUCGGAGCCACAAUUGGUCCGCCCACGAGCUGUGAGCCCGAAUCCAAAUCACGCAGUGCCGCGGAAGUCUGUCAGUCCGGCACCUCCGAUCGAGCGAUAUUCCGGUAGCAUUCCAUUUGGGCCAGAUUCUUUCAACUCCUUCAACCCAGCCUCGAGCCAGGGAUCGGCGCACAGGGACUGGGCUGAGAGUCCGAGGAACGAGAAGCUGCACGAGAUCGAGCCCAUUAUCGGCAAUGACGGUCGCGUCAUCGAUCCCUCGGAUCACCUGCCUUCGGACACGUGGGCUCCCGAGCCAGAGCGUAAAAAUCGCCAGCCAGAGCAUGUCAUCCACAUCCGCACAAAGGGUUCGGCGCAGCAUACUCGAGCCGGCUCCUCUCCUGCCGCUCCGAAGGCGCUGUCUAUACCAAGCUCACCAUACAACAAUCACAAUAGCUCACCUGCACCGCUGGAACCGAUCACGACUCCGACUUCAGGUCGACGACGUCUGCAGAAAGCUCCGCCAUCGACGCGUCCUUUGCCGCAACAGCCCUACCCGACGCAACACGCGAAUUCCUCUCCCGGCGCGAUUCCCCAGACACAACAUUUCGACACGACCUCUCAACCACAACAGCAACACAUCCGUCCAAGAUCCAGCGCAGGCCCUCCUUCUCAGCAGCCUCGGCCGCACCGCAACUCCUUCAACAAUUCUCCUCAUUCGGCGGGGCAGACUGCUCGACCGCCGCUUUCAGACUACCAAGUGCCGAUCAGCCCAACGACGACGCCAACGAAAGUCCAGAUGCCUCGACCGCAGAGCUAUGCACCACCAAGCGUAUAUGAUGAUCCGCUAGCAGCGGAGUUGAGCAUGAUUGAUAUUGGGCCGAGUCGCAGUGGACAACGGACAGCAUUGAGAGGCGGUGGUGGUGGUGGUGGGAGAUACGGUGGGUACUGA